AUGGUGAAUAAAGCAUUGCGUACAGAAGAUGUUGAACAACUGCAUACUUUUCGUUUUUUUAUUGCGGAUCUAUCAUCGGCAUUGGCGAAUGAAUAUAAGAAGAUGAUGGAAGAUCCUAAUAACGGGAUGAUAAUCACGACGGUCUAUCGCGGUGCUCGAUUAACACUAACUGAACUUGAAGAAUUUCGAUCAAACGAGGGUAAACUUAUUUCAAUUAAUGGUUAUUUAUCCACAAGUCGUUCGCGUUGCAUAGCAAUUAAUUUUGCUGUAAAGAGUAAAAAACAAGUUGAUUCUGUUCCAGUACUGUUUGAAAUUGAAUGUCAAAAUGAUGAAAAUGACUGUUCUAUUUUUGCAGAUAUAACGAGUUUCAGUAAUUUUCCCGAUGAACAAGAAAUUCUAUUUGAUUUAGGCGCUGUUUUUAUAGUUCAGACAGUGAGUGAAGAAGAUAAUAUGUGGAAGAUUUGUUUAAGUAUGACAGGUGACGGACGAGAAAUUGCCAGACAGUACAUUGAAGAAAUGAAAAAAGAAAUGCAAGGAGAUAGUAUAUCAAUGUUCUUUGGAUCGCUAUUGACUCGGAUGGGUCAUUAUCAGACAGCUCAAACUUAUUUUCAACAAUUAUUAAAAGAUCCCGUUAAUGAAAAUCUUGCUUAUAUUCAUAAUCAACUUGGUCUAGUUUAUCAGGCCAACGCUGAGUUUGAUCAAGGCAUGUAUCAUUUUGACGCAGCUUAUCAACUUAUGAGAAAGUCGCAUCCACUUUUGCUUCGAGAUUUAGCAUGUGUAUUGCGUAAUAUGAGUCAUGUUCUAACGGAACAAGGACAUUAUGAGAAAGCACUUAAGCACUGCAAUGAAGCCAAAAUAGUACUGGAAGAAUUGAAUGAUUCAUGUCAACUCGACAUAGCACAUUGUCUGCAUAAUAUCGGAUCGAUUUAUCAAGGUUUGCGCAAAUAUAUUGAAGCACUCAAUUAUUAUGAACAAGCAUUAGAGAUCAAACAAGCUUGUUUACCUGAAAUUCAUGUUCACAUUGCUGAAACUUUGAAUUCUAUCGGUCUCGUUUAUCUAAUGACCAAGGAUAUUGAAAAAGCAUUUAAUUUUUGUCUUUCAUCUCUUCAAAUGUUUCAGACAUGUUUACCUGAAGAUCAUUCUGAUAUUGCUAAUGUUCUUCAUAAUAUUGCUGAUUGUUAUCAUAGUAAACGUCAAUAUAACGUAGCUCUUCAACAUUAUGAUCUCGCACUAGCUAUAAAAAAAAAGUGUUUUCCUCCAGGUCAUCCAUCAAUUGCUAUGACUCUUAAUAACAUUUCUACUGUGCUCAGUGCCAAGGGAGACAAAAUGAAAGCACUUAAAUUGUGUUUGAAAGCGUUAAGAAUGCGAGAACGAGUAUUAUCCUUCGAUCAUCUCGAUCUUGCAACAAGUUUAAGUAGUGCAGGACAUAAAUAUGAAGCAGUGAAAGAAUAUCAACGUGCUUUGGAAUAUUUCGAGAAAGCAUUAGAAAUUCGAGCAAAACGUUUACCGAAAGAUGAUUCAGUGCGUAAAAGAACAGAGAAACAUGUGAUUCGUAUGAAAUGGAAAGUAACAUGA